GGUAGGUUAUCUGUUGGUGCCCCUCGCUCGUCAGAGGAAAGCCCACACGGUGAACCGUCAAGUCCAGUGGCACAAUACAAAGCCACGAGGGAUCAAAUUAUCAACUUCUGGAAUCAUUAACGGUUCCUUUCUCGGUAUGUCGCCGUCCAGCUUGUACAAAGCCCUUCUUUUUUUCUUUGCCAUUUCCCUGCAGCAAGACUUUGCAAAGACCAGCGAUGUACUCGAGCUAGGAGACGCCGACUUUGAUUACAUUGCGGCCGAGCAUGAUACCAUGUUGGUAGAGUUUUUCGCCCCUUGGUGUGGUCAUUGUCAGAGGCUUGCCCCAGAAUAUGAAACCGCAGCGACACAGUUGAAAGCCAAAGUGCCCUUGGCAAAAGUUGAUUGCACGGUGAAUUCUGAAACUUGUGGACGGUUUGGAGUCAACGGGUAUCCCACUCUUAAAAUAUUUCGGAAUGGAGAAGAGUCCUCUGCGUAUGAUGGUCCACGUACUGCAGAUGGCAUUGUAAGCUACAUGAGCAAACAGGCUGGGCCUAGCUCCACACCAUUACUAAGCGAUGAAGACUUGGAUGCUUUCAUCAACAACUUUGAUGCCAGUGUUGUGGGCUUUUUCUCAAGGCCUGAGAGCACGCAGCUUGCGGAGUUCCAAAAGGUGUCCGGUGCCUUGAGGGACAGCUAUCGCUUCUCCCACACCACAGAUCUGGGCCUUGGGCACCAGCAUGGUGUGGAAACAGAGUCGGUGUUGCUCUUCAGACCACCAAGACUUAACAGUAAAUUUGAAGACCGUGUAGUGAAAUUCACUGGUUCUAUUUCAAUAUCGGUACUUCGCUCCUUCAUCAGAGAUAAUGUGUUUGGCCUGUGUCCUCAUUUGACUGCAGAAAACAGAGAUAAUUUAAGAGGAAGGGACUUGCUUGUCGCAUACUAUGAUGUAGAUUACCUGAGAAAUCCUAAGGGUACAAACUACUGGAGGAACAGAGUCAUGAAAGUGGCUGUUCAGUUUCAGUCAGAGGGGCUGAGCUUUGCCGUGGCAGACAGGCAGGAGUUUCAGGACGAAUUGGAGGAGGAGUUUGGUUUUGGGGCCUCGGAUGGGGGGGAGCUGCCCCUUGUAGCCAUCAGGACACGAGAAGGCCACAAGUAUACCAUGCAGGAAGAGUUCUCGCGAGAUGGUACAUCCCUUCAGCACUUUUUGGAGGAUUUCUUUGCUGGUCGAGUGAAGAGACAUAUUAAGUCUGAACCUGUUCCUCAGUCCAAUGAUGGCCCGGUCAAGGUUGUGGUUGCAGAGACAUUUGACGACAUUGUAAAUGAUAAUGAAAAAGAUGUGCUGAUUGAGUUUUAUGCUCCAUGGUGUGGUCACUGCAAAAACCUGGAUCCUAAAUAUACUGAACUUGGGCAGAAGCUCUCCAAUGACCCAAAUAUUGUAAUCGCCAAGAUGGAUGCCACUGCAAAUGAUAUUCCACCUCCAUAUGAUGUUCAGGGAUUCCCUUCAAUAUACUUUGCAGCUGCAGGCCAGAAAGAUCAACCUUUGCGAUAUGAGGGAGGCCGUGAGGUAAAUGAUUUCAUCAGCUACCUUGAAAAGGAGGCUACCAAUUCCCUUGUGUUAGACAAUGCAAGGGAGGAUUUGUGAAACAGAACAGGAUAAAACGAACUUGUGGAAAACAAACCUUGGUAUAUUUGGAAUUCUUGUGGACUUUUAUUGAAUGCAACAAAUACACCGUUCAGCGAUGUGAAAAGUCAAGUCUCUGCACUGAGAAGCACUGAAACAAUAGCAAUACUGAGGAUAAGAGAAAUGUAGACAUUGUAAGAAAGCCCUUUAAAUCUUUUUUACAGUACACAAGAACCCAAAGUGACAGAUUAAAUACUACUGAAGUUAAAAUGCAAUUGCUGUUGAUCUGAAUUGUGUAUUUUACACCAUGCAUCAUCUCCUUUUUUGUCUGCUUUUCAUUCCUCGAGGCCUUCACAUUUCAUUAGAUCAGAGAGAUCCUCCUGCUCAUUACAUGAAUGUCAUGGCUGAGUUGACACUUCAUUUAUUGUAAAAGGAAUGGAAGGCAUUUAUUGUAACUGGAGUUACUGAUGUUCAAAUGCAGAAAAAUGUCUGAAGAGGCUAGAGCUCUGUGUCCAUAGAAAAUAAAAAAUAAUUUUGGCCACUGUCA